UCCACAUCCCUCUGUCGCCUUUCAUUUUAUUUAAGAAGUUCAGAGCGCCGGAAUUCUGAUUUCUCCGGCGGUCGGAUGAAGCAUUAGUGGCCAGAAAACGACGUCGUCGCCUGCUAUUGCCGGUUUCCGCCGGAAGAUUCGACGGAGAUGAACCAGAUAACGCUGAAUGUUUGUAGCUGCUGUUACUGAUGAUUUUUAGACACUUGUUUUAUUCGGUGGUGAUCAAUGCGUAUGGUUCGAGGACGGCGAGGAGUCUGAAAAUUCAUUAAUGGAGGUCGAAUCGGAAGCAAUAACUCGCUGACUGUAGGCGAGCAGAUUAAACCGGUCCCCUAGGGUUUUGGUGAAUUUUUUAGGGUUUUUCAAUUUGAAAAGAAGCCGAAAUUGGAAUUUAUGACUACGGGAUUGGCAGGGGACGAUUUCGGUCGAAUAGCGAAUAGCCGGCGGAGCGGGGAUUCGUCGGGGAGCCGCCGGAGUUGGGCGUCGGCGAGCAUACGGGAGUUAUGGCAGACGCCGCCGGACGUGUUUACGAGAAGCGGAAGAAUGGACGACGAGGAAGAGCUACGGUGGGCGGCCAUCGAGCGGCUUCCGACGUACGAUCGGAUGCGGAAGGGAAUGCUCCGGCAAGUUCUGGACAAUGGCAAGGUGGUUCACCGCGAAAUCGACGUGACGGCGCUCGGAUUUCAGGAGAGGAAACAGUUGAUGGAAAGCAUGUUGAAGGUUGUCGAAGAAGAUAACGAGAAAUUUCUCCGACGGCUCAGAGACAGAACCGAUCGAGUGGGGAUUGAAAUUCCGAGAAUCGAAGUUCGUUUCCAGAAUUUGUCAGUCGAAGGAGARGUUUACGUUGGGAACAGAGCACUGCCCACUCUGCUCAAUGGCACCCUUAACACCCUUGAGAGUUGGCUUGGGUUGAUUGGGUUGGCUCCAUCUAAGAAGAGAAAGAUUCAGAUACUUAAAGAUCUAAAUGGAAUUAUCAAACCUUCGAGGAUGACACUACUUCUGGGUCCUCCAAGCUCUGGGAAAACUACCUUGUUGCUGGCACUUGCUGGGAAACUUGAUAAAAAUUUGAAGGAAAGUGGGAAAGUGACAUAUUGCGGGCAUGAAAUGCAUGAGUUUGUGCCUCAAAGAACUUGUGCUUAUAUCAGUCAACAUAUAAUGGACGUAACAAUGGUCAUUUCUUUGCUACAACCAGCCCCUGAAACUUAUAAUCUAUUUGAUGAUAUCAUUCUACUUUCAGAAGGUCAAAUUGUGUAUCAAGGUCCGAGAGAAAAAGUUCUUGAMUUCUUUGAAUUUAUGGGCUUCAAAUGCCCAGAAAGGAAAGGAGUUGCUGAUUUCUUACAGGAAGUGACAUCARAAAAGGACCAAGAACAAUAUUGGUAUAGAAAGAACCACCCAUAUAGAUUCAUUUCAGUUCCUGAAUUUUUGCWGGGAUUCAAYUCUUUUUCCAUUGGUCAACAGCUUGCCUCURAUCUUGAACUGCCUUWYGACAAAUCCAAAGCCCACCCAGCUGCAUUAGUCACAGAGAAAUAUGGUUUAUCAAAUUGGGAGCUCUUCAAGGCAUGUUACUCAAGAGAGGUUUUGCUAAUGAAGAGAAAYGCUUUCAUCUAUGUGUUCAAGACUGUUCAGAUUACCAUUAUGUCCAUCAUUGCAAUGACUGUGUUCCUAAGGACUGAAAUGAAAGUGGGCACUGUACUCGACGGAAGCAAGUUCUUUGGAGCCUUGUUUUUCAGCCUCGUGAAUUUCAUGUUUAAUGGAAUGGCAGAAUUGGCUCUCACUCUUUUCAGGCUYCCAGUGUUCUUUAAGCAGAGAGAUUUCUUGUUCUAUCCAGCUUGGGCAUUCAGUUUGCCAAUUUGGCUCAUUAGAAUUCCUCUAUCUCUCACAGAAUCAGGGAUAUGGAUUCUUUUAASUUAUUACACAAUUGGGUUUGCUCCUGCUCCUAGUAGGUUCUUUAAGCAGUUUCUGGCAUUCUUUGCCCUGCAUCAAACAUCUCUGUCACUAUUUCGCCUUAUGGCUGCAGUUGGAAGAACACUGGUUCUUGCAAAUACUUUGGGCACAUUUGCUCUUUUCAUAGUUUUCUUGCUUGGAGGUUUCAUUAUUGACAAAGAUAACAUUGGGCCUUGGAUGAUUUGGGGCUUUUAUGCUUCUCCCAUGAUGUAUGGACAAAAUGCCAUUGUCAUUAAUGAGUUCCUUGACAAAAGAUGGAGCAAGAAAAAUACAGACCAUAGAAUUAAUGAACCWACGGUUGGAAAAGUGCUCCUUGAUAGUAGGGGUUUCUUUAAGGAAGAACGUUGGUACUGGAUUUGCAUUGCAGCACUUUUCGGCUAUAAUCUUCUCUUCAACRUUCUAUUUACAAUAGCUCUGACUUAUUUGAAUCUUCCUACUGAUUCAAAGGCUCUCAUUAGCACCAAUGAAGACCAGAAGAAAAGGAAAAAUAAUAGGUCCACUACACAACAAAAAUUAGAAGGCAUUGACGAUGAAGUCAUCAAGUGUUCAGAAAUAGAAGUUGCUUCAGACCCUGUGCAAAGGAAAGGAAUGGUUUUGCCUUUCCAGCCUCUUUCACUAGCAUUCAACCAUGUCAACUAUUAUGUGGAUAUGCCUAUGACUGAAAUGAAGAUGCAUGGUGUCGAGGAAGGUCGUCUUCAACUUCUAGGAGAUGUUAGUGGAGCAUUUCGACCAGGGAUAUUAACAGCACUUGUGGGUGUUAGUGGUGCUGGGAAAACUACUCUUAUGGAUGUGYUAGCUGGGAGAAAGACUAGUGGUUAUAUCGAAGGAAAUAUAUGCAUCUCUGGUUAUCCAAAGAAGCAAUCAACCUUUGCUCGAGUAAGUGGUUAUUGUGAACAAAAUGACAUUCAUUCGCCUCAUGUUACUAUCUACGAGUCUCUCCUGUUUUCUGCYUGGCUCCGUCUUUCCUCAAAUGUGGAUGUCAAAACAAGAAAGAUGUUUGUAGAAGAAGUAAUGAAACUGAUUGAACUUGAUACAUUGAGAGAUGCUYUAGUGGGGCUUCCAGGUGUAGAUGGCCUUUCAACAGAACAAAGGAAGAGAUUGACAAUAGCAGUUGAGUUGGUUGCUAAUCCUUCUAUCAUCUUCAUGGACGAACCAACUUCUGGUCUCGAUGCUAGAUCUGCUGCCAUUGUUAUGCGUACGGUGAGAAAUACUGUUGAUACUGGGAGAACUGUUGUAUGCACAAUUCACCAGCCAAGCAUAGACAUUUUUGAAACUUUUGAUGAGUUACUGCUCAUGAAACAUGGUGGRCGAAUGAUUUAUGCYGGACCUCUUGGUCAGCGAUCUUGCAAACUCAUUGAAUAUUUUGAGGCCAUUCCAGGGAUUCCAAAGAUUGAAGACGRUCAGAAUCCUGCUACAUGGAUGCUUGAGGUUACURCACCUCCAGUGGAGGCUCAACUAGAUAUCGAUUUYGCUGAUACUUUUGCUAAAUCUCCAGUUUAUCAGAGGAACCAAGAACUUAUARUGGAUCUUUGUACUCCAGCUCCAGGGUCUAAAGACCUACACUUCCCAACCGAAUACUCACAAUCGUUUUUCUYUCAGUGCAAAGCUUGCUUCUGGAAACAACAUUGCUCUUACUGGAGACACGCUCAAUACAAUGCCAUACGCUUCUUCAUUACAAUUGUUAUUGGUAUCUUAUUUGGUCUAAUUUUCUGGAACAAGGGACAAAARUUAGCCAAGGAACAAGAUGUGUUGAAUAUUAUGGGCGCUAUAUAUGCUGCUGUCCUUUUCCUUGGAGCUACCAAUGCUUCAGCUGUGCAGUCUGUGGUCACUAUCGAAAGAACAGUUUUCUAUCGAGAAAGAGCUGCCGGGAUGUAUUCUGCAUUACCUUAUGCAUUUGCUCAGGUGGCAAUUGAGACAGUUUAUGUAUCUCUGCAAUCUUUAAUUUACUGUUUGCUUCUUUAUAGCAUGAUUGGGUUUGAGUGGAAAGUGGGAAAGUUUUUACUGUUCUACUACUUGGUUCUAAUGUGUUUCAUAUACUUCACACUAUAUGGGAUGAUGGUUGUAGCAUUGACUCCAGGCCUCCACAUUGCAGCCGUUGUCAUGGCCUUCUUCUUUGGCUUUUGGAACUUGUUCUCGGGUUUUCUUAUUCCUCGACCGUGAUUCCCAUAUGGUGGAGAUGGUAUUAUUGGGCUAAUCCUGUUGCUUGGACAAUAUAUGGCCUUGUAGCUUCUCAAGUUGGUGACAAAGAUGUUGAUAUUCAGAUACCAGGAUUUGGAAAUGUAGGAUUAAAGAUGUUCCUUAAAGAAGGGUUCGGGUACGACUAUGACUUCAUCCCGGUCGUGGUCGUAGCACACGUCGUCUGGGUUCUCGCCUUCUUCUUUGUGUUUGCCUAUGGCAUCAAAUUCCUUAACUUCCAGAGGAGAUAGGCAUCUAUCUUCAUCUUGUCUUCCGCAGUGCUGUGUAAAAUUUGUUAGUGAUUGCAUUAGCUAUAUAGCCUUUAUACCACAGAAAUCAAUUAUUUAAGAGUAACAAAUGAGGAAACAAAAUGGUUCCCUCUUUUCAGUAUGAUGGCCAAGUAAAUUUGAAAAGAAAAAAGAAAAAAAUAAAUCACCGUUUCAAAAA